CUAUUUUAUAAUCUGUGUGUGUGUGUGUGUGUGAGAGAGAGAGAGAGAGAGAGAGAGAGCACUUUGGGUGUUUUGUUUGCCCAAACUUGCUUGGCGUCUCGAGCCUUUCAGAAAGAGAUCCAAAUAAAUGACACUCAUUCGAUUCCCUUCCUGAGCGCUCUCUCUCUCUUGAGAAAUUUAUUCACCAAACCCAACCACACCUCACCACUAUCCCUCUCUUAUCAACACACACUCAAUCUCUGCCUGAGAUCAUCACUACCCACCACACUCUGCACCAUUUGUGUUAUUGGGUAUUCUCUAAUUUCAUCUCCCUCUGCAAAUUCAUCAUAUACAUAUAUAGUGAUUUCAUUUGUUUCUGGGUUCUUGGUGUGGGUUCUUCCUAUGGCUGCUUCUUCUGUUGUGUGCACAUGGCUCGUGGCCGCUUGCAUGUCAGUCGCUUGUGAAAAGGACCACACUAUGAUGAAUCCGACGACCAUGGCUCGCUCUUCUUCUCCAAGAAGGUUGAGUAGAUGGGCUCGUAAGCGGAGGGUUUUGUCCAAAUGCAUCUCCGGUGGCACCGAAUCUCCCAGAGGCCUAAUCCCUUCCUUCUGUGGAUCGAGCAUUGAGGGUCUGAUGAAGUCUUACUUGGCUUUCGAGCCCUGCGAGGCGUAUUGUAGUUCCAAAGGGCUUACUUCUUCGGACUUAUUCGGUGACAAUGGGUUUGCUUCACUCUUCGGAUCCAGAAACGCUCUGGUCACUCGCAAGCAGAGGCGGAUUAAUCGAGCCGUCCAUUCUGGGGAAGCAAUGGCUGUAGCUAUGCAACCUGCAAUAGAAGUCACAAAAAGAAAGAAACCUCCUAUGAAGCAAAGGCGAGUGGUUGUGACAGGGAUGGGUGUGGAAACCCCAAUUGGUCAUGAUCCAGAUGUCUUUUACAAUAAUCUGCUUGAAGGUGUCAGUGGCAUUAGUGAGAUUGAGGCUUUUGACUGUACUCAAUAUCCAACGAGAAUUGCUGGAGAGAUCAAGUCCUAUUCAACAGAUGGUUGGGUUGCGCCAAAACUUUCAAAAAGGAUGGACAAAUUUAUGCUUUACAUGCUAACAGCCGGCAAGAAAGCAUUGGCAGAUGGUGGAAUUACAGAAGAUGUAAUGGAUGAAUUAGAUAAAACUAGAUGUGGAGUUCUGAUUGGCUCUGCCAUGGGUGGCAUGAAGGUUUUCAACGAUGCAAUAGAAGCUUUAAGGGUCUCAUACAAGAAGAUGAAUCCUUUUUGUGUACCUUUUGCAACAACAAACAUGGGUUCUGCCAUGCUCGCUAUGGAUCUGGGAUGGAUGGGACCAAACUAUUCCAUCUCUACUGCUUGUGCUACGAGCAACUUCUGUAUACUGAAUGCAGCAAACCACAUCAUCAGAGGUGAAGCUGAAAUGAUGCUUUGUGGUGGCUCAGACGCCGCAAUUAUACCUAUCGGAUUGGGAGGUUUUGUGGCAUGCAGAGCACUUUCUCAGAGAAACAGUGAUCCUACCAAAGCUUCACGCCCUUGGGAUACUAGUCGUGAUGGAUUUGUUAUGGGAGAAGGAGCUGGAGUUCUGCUUUUGGAAGAAUUAGAGCAUGCUAAGAAAAGAGGUGCAAAUAUCUAUGCAGAAUUCCUUGGUGGAAGCUUCACAUGUGAUGCUUAUCACAUGACAGAGCCUCAUCCUGACGGUGCCGGUGUCAUUUUAUGCAUAGAGAAGGCCUUAGGUCAGGCUGGAGUGUCCAAGGAAGAGGUGAACUACAUAAAUGCACAUGCUACGUCCACACUGUCAGGAGAUCUCAAGGAGUACCAAGCCCUCCUUCACUGUUUUGGCCAGAAUCCAGUGUUAAGAGUGAACUCUACAAAAUCAAUGAUCGGUCACCUACUAGGAGCAGCUGGUGCUGUGGAAGCUGUUGCUACAGUGCAGGCUAUACGGACUGGGUGGGUUCAUCCAAACAUCAAUCUUGAAAACCCUGAUAAAGGCGUGGACACAAAUGUGCUGGUGGGCCCAAAGAAAGAAAGGCUGGACAUUAAGGUGGCGUUGUCUAAUUCGUUUGGCUUUGGUGGCCAUAACUCGUCAAUCUUAUUUGCUCCUUACAAAUAGAUCCUGUGGACUUCUCCAACUUGGGAUCAGAUGGUACCAAGUUUCUUGCGGUAUCCUUCUUCGUUGUGUCUGAUCUUCUAUAUGACUGGCCGAAGAAAUGAAACUGUUUGGACAGACCGAGGAGGUGGCCCUCUGGAAUUGGGGAAGGGACAAAUACAGAGUUCCCCCAUGGCUACCAUGAUGAUACUCCUGUUCUGCUUUUUGAUGAGUUUUCCUUUCCUCCUUUUAAUCCUUUUCUCCUCCUCCUAAAAAGUUACACUAGGGCUUCAGCUGGCGGUCUAAUACGAGCCAUGCUUGAGUUCAACUACUGUUUCCUUGUACAAGUAGAUGGUCCAGUGAAGUUUUAACGAACGAUUGUAUCAAACUCUAACCUGGUAAUUUGCCAAUGUUGGACAUGUGAAAUGUUGGUUAUAUUGCGCAGAAGUUGGUUGCAUUAUUAUUAUAA